GUGUGCUGGUUAGAUAUGUUUAGGCCUUACUCAUACUCCCCACUCCCUUCCUUCCAUUUUAAAAGUCCCCUUCAUUAUAAAAUGUAUUUUCUGCCCAAAGGGGGUACUUAUAACGAGGUUCGACUGGACAUACAUUUAAAUUCUCUUUUUCUAAAUUUUCCUUUUAAAAUUAAUUUUUUUAACAAAAAAUGGAAAUUAAUGAUGAAUCAAAAUCCUCAUCAUCUUCCACUAAAACCAGUCAACAACCCAAAAAACCGUUUACUUUAAAACGAUGGAAUUUAAUAGCUACAUGGGCAUGGGAUGUUGAAUGUGACACUUGUGCAAUUUGUCGAGUUCAUUUAAUGGGUAAUUUAUAA